ACGAAAACUUAAAGUUUAUAUGAUAAUAAAUGGCUCUUAAAACAUUUCUGAUGUGCAUAAGAGUAUUAAUUAUAUUUCAUCGUCAAUAUUAUGUAUGUAAAAGGAUAUACGAUCUGGAUCACAUCCUAAGUAAUAAAACGCCAUAGGAAUUGAAUAAACAAGUUUACUAUUUAACGAGCCAUAUCUUAUUCAACUUUUGUAAACAUCUGUUGUGAAAACAAGUAUAAAUAUAAAACAGAAAUUUUCUGUAUGUAACAGUGAUUUAAAUAUGAAACCGGAAGAAAAAUAUUCGACAUUUCUGUGAUAAUCUGUCGGGAAAUGGAAGUUGGCCACAAAUUCGACGACAAGGUAAUAAGAGGAGGCAAACUUUUCACUCGCACAAAAUUGUGACAGUAAGGUUGUUGAGAAAAAUUUCGUCUGUGACGUGUCAGUUGGGUUCAUUCCAAAUAUACACUGUUUGCAAAUCCAAGCAAAACUAAUGAUGACAUUUCCAGGUCCAAAAUAGAGAAAUCUAAAGAAAGGUUUCGUCAGUUUGUUAAAUCACUAUGGUCACGAUGGACGUUUCAGUAUUGACUUGUAGCCUAUGGUUAAUGAUACUUACAGCGGAUCAAGUAUAUACGUGUCCAGGGAAAUGUUCAUGUGGAUACAGAGAUAACCAUACGUAUCUAGUGAACUGUUCUUACGAAGGACUAACAAAUGUACCAACCGAUAUCCGAUCAUACAAAGAACUUAAAGUUAUUCUUUUGAGCAAUAAUAACAUUUCGGCACUGAAAAAUGGUCAGUUUAGUGGGUUACAUGAAUUAAAUUAUCUAGAUUUAUCAAAUAAUCAUCUGGAAGAACUGUCGAGCGAAAUGUUUAUAGGAAUAAUGAAUUUAAAAACUCUAAAACUGAACUACAACCGAAUGUAUUUGGGUCAAAUCUAUGAAAAUGCAUUCAAAUUUCUUGAAAAUGUCCAAGUUUUUGAAAUGUAUGGAAUCUAUAAUGAUGUUUUAGUUGAAGAUUCGUCAUAUCCUGUUAGUGUUUUGAAUCUUAAAAAUGUAACUACUUUGAAACUUGAUGGACAGAACCAUGGUACUUUUGAUGAGGCAUUUACAAAGCUGAAAAACUUGCAAAAUUUAUACCUUUCGGGAAUGAAUGGGUAUUGUACCAUUAACAGAAUACGUGAAGAUCUUUUCGUGAAUUUUCCUUAUCUCGUUAAAUUAGAUCUCAGUUUAUGUAAAAUAUUUUCAAUUGAUGCAGGAGCUUUUUGCAAGCUUGAGAAGCUUGAAGAUUUAAAUCUUUCUUUCAAUCAUCAUUUAGAAAUGACGGGGGUGAAAAACGCAACAGUUAAUUUAAAAAGAACUAAUAUAAAAACUCUUAAGCUUAAGUACAUACAUAGAAAACAUCAAAUUAUUAUCGAAAAAGAUGCGUUUACGGAAUUGAAAAACACAACUUUGGAGAUGCUUUACUUAGAUCAAAAUAAAAUCGCUAGAAUGAAAGAAGAUGUGAUUUAUACACUUCCAAAAACUAUGAAGUUCUUAUCUGUCAGGGAUAAUAGAUUUACCAAUGGCAAAUUUGUAAAAGUACUUUACCAACUUGAAAAUCUAGAGUCGUUUGAUUGUAGUUUCCAAUUGCAGAGUUCUUUGUCCCAUGGAGAGAGUUCUGCAUUUAUCAGUGUGUUCCUUCAAAAUAUCGUCGGUGAGAAGAAAGACGAACCUCCUAAGUGUCCUCCUAAAUUACGACACAUAUAUGCCAGUCAUAUGAAUUUACAUUACUCACUUAUACCGGCUGCUAAUUUUUGUAAAAACUGUCUGGAAACUCUUGACUUGUCAACGAACAGAUUUGAAACAUUUGGUGGAGAAUGGAAAGGAUUACAUUCACUAAAACUGUUCAACUUAUCAAGUAAUGGAGUAAGGUUUAUACAUCCCGAUUUUUUUAAUGAUAUGAAAAAUUUGUCUGUUUUACUAUUAAAUGACAACCAUAUCGGGAAAACAAUCGCAACAGAUACACAAUUUAAGAUAUUUUCUUCUCAAGUGAAAUUACAAUAUCUUGAUUUAUCUCACAAUGAAAUAAGAGAACUCCCAAAGUUUAUAUUUUCAAAUCUAGGAAAUCUUGAAAAGCUUUUUUUGAAAGACAAUGUUUUAACAGCACUGGAUUUUCAUUUGCAAAAUCUAUUUAAAAUAAAAUUCAUUGACUUCCAAAACAAUUCGAUAUUCGAAAUAUCAGGCAUACAACGGGACAUACUCAGCAAGUUAUUUAGGACUAAUAAUCUAACUAUGAAUUUAGAAAACAACAAACUAAAUUGUGACUGUCAGAAUCCAGAUAUUCUUAAGUGGUUUAUUGAAAAUCAUAUUCAUUUCGUAAAUUUUUAUAAUUAUAAAUGUAAGUUUAAAAAUGGAUCUCGCGUUUUUCUAAAUAGGGCAAGCGAACUAUUCUCUGAGCUGAGUAAUUCGUGUAAGUCACUGCAAAUCACAAUUUAUAGUGUGACAGCAUCCCUUCUCUUUACCCUGUUACUAUCAAUGAUUGCAAUAAUUUACUAUAAUAAACGUAAACUAAAACAUUUAAUCAGUUUAUUCAGUCGACAUGUACAACCAUACGAAGUGCUUGACCAUGAUGGCGAAUUUGUAGUUUAUUUGUCAUAUUCAGAUCGCUCGUCAGAAGUCGUUUCAAGAGUAGAAGAACAUUUAGAAAAAAUGGAUAUUUCCUGCUUUGGAAAACAUAAAAUUGAGUAUGGUCAGCCAGAGGUACCAGGAUUGACAUCUGGCCUAGGACAGAGUGACUGUAUUGUGUGUUUUUUAACACAGGAUUAUUUGGAAGAUGGUUUAUGUGUCCAAGAGUUUCGAUUUGGGAUUCAUAAAGGAUACGAGACCGGACGGCAAAUUCUAAUACUAAUUUUACUAGAGGAUAUUGACGAGACAAAUUUGUUAAUCCAAAAUGAAGAAUUUUAUCGUUACGUUUUAAAAAAUACUCCAUAUAUUCCAAGUAGUGGAGAAGAUUUACUUUCUUACAUUGAAACUCAAGUCAAAGAUUGUAAAAAUAUAUAAUGCAAAAGUUCAUAUUGUUGUAUUUGUGAUUUCUGAUAGGUAUUUACUUUAAAAUAUAUACACUAUUUUGUGUAGUCUUAUUUGAUAAACUUUUUGAAUAAUGGGUGAACAAUGUAUUGUUAUCAUGAAUAAACUGUGUUGAAACUAAGU